GUUGUUGUUCUACACACGGGUUGAGGAGAUGGGAAACUGGAGGUGAGGAAUUCACCACUGAGGCACAGGAAAGAGACAGAGCUUUCUGACUGACUGGGAGUAAAGCCAAAGCCUAUGGAUCUUCAACAGUUUGCAGUUUAGAAGCGUGAAGCGUAUCACUCAUCGUCCUUCACUGGAGGAAGAAGACGAAACUUCUAACCCUGUGUGUCUCUACCAGAACUUCCCACACGGCUGUCUGAAGAAGAGAAAUAGAGGGAAAGAGAGAGAGGAACGAAGAGCAAAAACCAGCCUGCCUUGGAAAGGGAAGAAGGACGGUGUCCUGAGAGGGAGGUGGCUAUGCGCGAGGAGGUUUCCUGCGCCAACUCCCCUGAAGGGGGGCUGGGGGCCAGCGAGGAGGAGCUGGAGAGGGGCUCCAAGAAGAGUGGGCCAACGGGGGGGCGAAAACGGGUGCCGUACCCCAAGAAGGACAGUUUGGGUCGGGCCGAGGAGKGGGCCGUGGUCAGCGGGAGCCCCAACUGCCUGGUUCCGUCGGGGCCAAAGCGGCAGAAGAAGCAACAGAGCUCCCCCACGUCGGUGGUGUGCGUGGCSCCAUCCGUGCUGAGCUCCAGCGGCCUCGGCUUGGGCCCGGGCGGCGAGCCCUUCGAGGACCUGCACACGCAGCGAGUAAUCGCCAACGUUCGCGAGCGCCAGCGCACGCAGUCGCUGAACGACGCCUUCGCCUCGCUGCGUAAGAUCAUCCCCACUCUGCCGUCCGACAAACUUAGCAAGAUCCAGAUCCUGAAACUGGCGUCACGCUACAUCGACUUCCUGUACCAGGUGCUGCAGAGUGAUGAGAUGGACGCCAAGCUGGCUAGCUGCAACUACCUAGCCCACGAACGCCUCAGCUACGCCUUUUCCGUCUGGAGGAUGGAGGGUGCCUGGGCAAUGUCUGCCAGCCACUAGUGUCCCCUCUCCAUCCUGCUCUGCCCGUCCUGCUCUGUCUUACCCAUACUUUCUCUGCCCCUUCCUUCUUGUACUGCCUAACCCCACCAUCCCUGGCCUCCCCUAACCCACUAUCUCUGUACACCCUAACCCCACCAUCCCUGGCCUCCCCUAACCCACUAUCUCUGUACCCCCUAACCCCACCAUCCAUGUCCUCCCCCAACCCACUAUCUCUGUACCCUGUAACCCCACCAAUCCCUGGCCUCCCCUUACCCACUAUCACUGUACCCCUAACCCUCCAUCCCUGGCCUCCCCUAACACUAUCUCUGUACCCCUAACCCCACCAUCCCUGUCCUCCCCUAACCACUAUCACUGUACCCCUAACCCUACCAUCCCUGGCCUCCCCUAACCACUAUCUCUGUACCCCCUAACCCACCAUCCCUGUCCUCCCCUAACCCACUAUCUCUGUACCCUGUAACCUCACCAUCCACAGCCUCCUUAAGCCACUAUCUCUGGCCCUCCUUUAAGCCAAAACACAGUGUCACUGUUUCCUCCUAACCCACGACCUCCCUUUCUUCAUUAUUCUCUAUUCUCUACUGUUCUUCAAACUGUUCUUUGCUACCCUCCCAUCUCAUUCCCUAAUCGUCACUGCCCAUCACUCACCUUACCCACUGCUCCAUCACUCACUUUACACUGCUCCAUCACUCACCUUACCCACUGCCCCAUCACUCACCUUACCCACUGCCCUAUCACUCACCUUACCCACUGCCCAUCACUCACCUUACCACUUCCCAUCACUCACCUUACCCACUGCCCUAUCACUCACCUUACCCACAUGCCCCAU